GAGUCGCAGCAACAGGGAGAAGAGGAGCCAACUUAAGACUUUCCAGUUCCGCUAGCGCGCCCAGACCAGCCUCCCCAGGCGGCCCCCUCACCGCCGUCCCCUGUGCGCACCGCUAUACGAGCGGUCCUGAAACGUAGCGCGGCUUUCUCAACACAUGUUGCUGAACUUAUAUCCCAGGGAGAUCACUGAGUUGUCCCUAAAGUAGCUCAGAGGAGGGGGGUGAAGCCGAAGAGCUUCGGCUAACCCGUUAGCUGGGUCCGAACGGACUGAAGCGAAGGGGAAGGAAAUGGAGCUGGACGACGUGGUGCUGUACCAGGACGACUCGGGCGCCUCGGACAUGAUGUCCGAGCGCGUCUCGGGUCUGGCCAGCUCGAUCUACCAGGAGUUCGAGCGGCUGAUCGGCCGCUACGACGAGGACGUGGUGAAGCAGCUCAUGCCGCUUGUGGUGGCCGUGUUGGAGAACUUGGACUCGGUGUUCUCCAUCAACCAGGAGCACGAAGUGGAGCUGGAGCUUCUGAAGGAGGACAACGAGCAGCUGGUGACACAGUACGAGCGAGAGAAAGCCCUUCGGAAGCACACCGAAGAGAGGUACAUUGUCCUGGAGGACUCCCAGGAUGGAGAAAAGAAGGAGCUGCAGAGUCGUCUGGUGUUGCUGGAGUCUCACACGCGUCAGAUGGAGCUGAAGGCCAGGAACUACGCAGACCAGAUUAACAGACUAGAGGAGAGGGAGGCCGAGCUAAAGAAGGAGUUUACAUCCCUACACCAGAGACACACAGAGAUGAUCCACAGCUACAUGGAGCACCUGGAGCGAACCAAGCACCAGCACGCCACGGCCGUCACCCCCAGCGAACCCGCCGACACCGGGCCCAGAGCACGGAAAGAGAGGCCCAUCUCUGGGGGUAUAUUCCCGCUUCCCGGAACCGACAGCGUGACCUCUGACCUCCAGAGGGACGUCCCGGAGUCUCCGUCCCAACCCUGGAGGUUCGCUGGCCAGAGCCAGCCCCGCUGCAACGCCAGCCUGCAGGAUGAACUGUCCCACGUCCCCUUGGGUCCCGGGGUCAAGGGUGAGCCCUCCUCGCCGGGCUCCAAACCCCGCAGCGCCCGCCUCCCUCCGGACGGCUCCCCCGGCAAGGCCAGCACCCCCGGCUCCGAGCGCCGCGGCCUCCCCCGCUCCCCGGGGGUCCCUCGCUCCCCGGGGCCAUCCCGGUCUCCAGGGGUCCCCCGCUCCCCAGGCGUCCACCGGUCCCGUCAGGACCCGACCGACGACCGGACCGCCGGGCUCGGGGUCACCCACGCCAGCGUCCACGCCCCCGGCUCCGCCUCGACCUCGCCUCCGUCUGCUGCCGGCGCCAUGGGCGUCGCUAUGGAGACCGCCUCAGCCUCCCUCAAGGAAGGGGCUCCCGGCGAGGGCGUCACCAAGGACCUCGGCUUACCCGGCAAGGAGCUGGACGGCAGGGAGACGGCAGAGGAGGAGGGGGGAAUCGGACCCGCUGGGACUGGCCGAGGUGGACUGGAACCAGCUGGGACCAGCCAGGGUGGACUAGGACCUGAUGGGUCCGGCCAAGGCGGACUAGGACCCACUGGGUCUGGGCAAGGUAGACCGGAAGCGGGGAGUCCUUCCGACUCGGCAGACUUGGCCCUCGCAGGUGAAGAUGGAGAAGACCAGCUGGAGAAGUCUGAGGUUCAGGCCAUCAUAGAGUCCACCCCUGAGCUCGACAUGGAGAUGGACGGCUUCAGAGACACCAGCACGCCCACAAAGGGUAUAGGGGGGGUGGAGAACCUGGCCUUGGACCGCAACACAGAGUCCCUGUUUGAGGAGCUGUCCUCCUGCGCCGGGAACGACCUCAUCGGAGACAUGGAUGACGGAGCCGACCUCCUGGGUAUGGGCCGUGAGGUUGAGCAUCUCAUCCAGGAGAACACACAGCUGCUGGAGACCAAAAACGCCCUGAACGUGGUGAAGAACGACCUGAUCGCGCAGGUGGACGAGCUGGCGUGCCUCCGGGAGGGGCUGCAGAGUGAGCUGGAGGCCGUCAGCCAGGCCAAGGCCAGAGUGGAGGACAGGAACAAGGAGCUGGAGGAGGACCUCAAGAAGCUGCGGGCCGAGCUUGAGGAGGCCAAGCAGAAGACCAAGAGCGACAACGGAGAGGAUCAGAGCGACGUGCCCACGGCCCAGAGGAAGCGCUUCACGCGGGUGGAGAUGGCCCGCGUGCUGAUGGAGAGGAACCAGUACAAGGAGCGGCUGAUGGAGCUCCAGGAGGCCGUGAGAUGGGCCGAGAUGAUCCGGCAAUCCAAGGAGAACCCAGCUCUCACAGAGAAGAAGAAAUCCAGUCUUUGGCAGUUUUUCAGCCGUCUGUUCAGCUCGUCGGGCGGCGCGGGUAAGAAGCCCGCGGGGGACGCGCCGGUCAACCUGAAGUACAACGCGCCGAGCGCCCAGGUGCAGCCGACGGUGAAGAAGAAGAGCAGCGCGCUGCAGCAGCUGCCCAGCGACAAGAGCAAGGCCUUCGACUUCCUCAACGAGGAGGCGGCAGCAGACCCGGCGGUGUCCAGGAGGGAGCAGAAGAGAGCGCAGUACCAGCAGGUCAAGGACCACGUUCAGAAGGAGGACGGCAGGGUGCAGGCUUACGGCUGGAGCCUGCCCCACAAGUACAAGGUGGCCAACGGGGGACAGUCGGAGACCAAGAUGAGGAACCUCCCCAUCCCCGUGUUCCUCAGACCGCUGGACGAGAAGAACACAUCCAUGAAGCUGUGGUGCGCUGCGGGGGUGAACCUGUCGGGGGGUAAGACUCGGGACGGGGGCUCCAUUGUGGGGGCCAGCGUGUUCUACAGCAGCGCCCCCGGGCCGCCCCCCCCCCGGAGGAGGACCGGCUCCCAGAGCAGCCUGGACAAGCUGGACCAGGAACUGGAGGACCAGCAGGAGGAGCUGCGGCAGACGGAUGAGUUCUCCUCCCUGGUUUGGAUCUGCACCUCCACCCAGAGCUCCACUCAGAGCUCCACCCGGGCUCUGGUCAUCGACGCCAACCAGCCCGGGCACGUCCUGGACAACUUCCCCGUCUGCGACUCCCACGUCGUCUGCAUCGCCAGCGUCCCAGGUGCGAGGGAGACGGAUUACCCGGCUGGAGAGUUGGUUCCUCUGAACUCUGAGGCGGGGCCAGUGGAAGACAACGGCUCCGCCUCUCUGAACGCCUCGACCAAUAGCGUCGGAGAGAAUGGCGAGGGCGUGCUCGGGGGCAUCACCGUGGUUGGCUGUGAUGCUGAGGGGGCGGCGGCCAUCCGCCAGACGGCAGGAAGUACAGCAGAGACCUCCGGGGACGAAGACACCAGGCCCAUCGAGGAGGCGGGCGAGGCGUCAGAGUCCUGCACGGGGCCCUCAGGCCGCAGCAAGGGCCCGCGGGGAGCCUACACCGAGCACAUCUUCGCCGACCCACUGGGGGCCCAGAAGACAGACCUCCCGGCGGGCUACACCCAGAGGGAGACUGACCUGGUGAAGGACGGCCUGGGGCCCAGCGCUGGCCCCACUGGCGAGGAGGAGCAGGACCUGAAGCUGAUGGAGGAGGCGCAGAAGAUGACCAGCGUGCUGCCCACCAUGUGGCUGGGGGCGCAGAACGGCUGUGUGUACGUUCACUCCUCGGUGGCCCGGUGGAAGAAGUGCCUCCACUGGAUCAAGCUGAAGGACGCGGUUCAAGGCAUCGUGCAUGUGAAGGGCCGUGUUCUGGUGGGCCUCUCGGACGGCACCUUGGCCAUCUUCCAGAGGGGAGCAGACGGGCAGUGGGACCUGAGCAACUACCACCUGCUGGACCUGGGCCGGCCGCACCACGCGGUGCGCUGCAUGGCGGUGGUCCACGACCGCGUGUGGUGCGGCCUCAGCAACAAGAUCUACGUGGUGCAGCCGGAGGCCAUGAGGGUGGAGAAGUCCUUCGACGCCCACCCCCGUAAGGAGAGCCAGGUGCGGCAGCUGGCCCGCGACGGGGACGGCAUCUGGGUGUCGAUCCGUCUGGACUCCACGCUGCGUCUGUUCCACGCCCACACACACCAGCACCUCCAGGACGUGGACAUCGAGCCCUACGUCAGCAAGAUGCUAGGAACCGGUAAACUGGGCUUCUCCUUCGUCCGCAUCACGGCCCUCAUGGUGUCUUGCAACCGCCUCUGGAUCGGGACGGGGAACGGGGUCAUCAUGUCCGUCCCUCUGACCGAGACCUCGGAGGCCAACCAGGCCCUGGUGCCGGCCGGCGCCGGCCAGCAGCAGCCGACAGGGGGCGCUGUGGUGCGGGUGUACGGCGACGCCGCCAGCGACAAGGUGACGGCGGGGACCUUCGUGCCGUACUGCUCCAUGGCCAACGCCCAGCUCUGCUUCCACGGGCAUCGAGACGCAGUCAAGUUCUUCACCGCCGUCCCGGGCCACCCCAACCCCCCGCCUCCCUCGGAGGGGGGUGCGGCCGGGGGCGGGGCCGACGGUCCCUCCCAGGACGGGCCGGGGUCCAUGCUGGUGAUGAGCGGGGGGGAGGGCUACAUCGACUUCAGGAUGGGUGACGUUGCGGAGGAGGGGGAGGAGCCUCGGCUGACCCUGCAGCCCCUCCAGGCGUCAGCGGAGAGCAGCCACCUCAUCGUGUGGCAGGUGCUGCCCCACAGUACCUGAGAGGGAGGGGGAGGGGGGAGAGAGAGAGAGGGGGUGAGAGAGUGGGAAGAGGGGG